AUGUGGUGGACGACGGGUCCGUUUCUGGAACAAGCCACUGGCCCCCGAUGGCUGGCCCCCGGCCCUCGGGCAGGGGUGCUGCAGCCCCCCGUGUCCUGGAAGACCCUGGCUCCACCCUUCACAGAGACACCGGGGUCACAUCCAACCUCACACUCCAGGACCUCGAGGUCCAAGGAGAGUCUAAAUCUGGCCAGCCAAUCGCCAAGGAUGAUAACAGCAAUACCUCCAUUCUGAUUGGCUGCCUGGUGGCCAUUAUCCUGCUGCUAUUGGUCGUCAUCUUCCUCAUCCUUUGGAGGCAAUAUUGGAAAAAGAUCCUGGGAAAAGCCCAGCGGCGAAUCUCCGACGACGACCUGACCGUGCACUUGUCGGUCCCGGGCGACACCAUCGUCAUCAACAACACGAUGGGCUCCCAACGCCACUCGAACCGCUACGAGCGCAUCCACUCGGGGGAGACCGAGUAUCAGGAGCCCAGCCGCGCCCGCAUGAAAUUGCCCGAGUUGCCCCAUGGUGCCGAGAACUCCGGUGAGGGGCAGGGGAUCGGAGGGACCCACCAGCUAUGCUGUGGGGAGGGAGGCUCCAUCCAAGCAUGGAGAGCCAAUGCCAAGAGGACUAGGUGGAACAGGAUG